GAUGAGGCUAGCUGGCUCCGGAGAAAGAAGAGGAAAAAAAACUUUUGCAUGCACGCCCUCCUCCAGUUACUGCCACUCACACGUGCAUCCUCCUCUGGCUACUGCCAAUCAGGCAGAGGCACUCCCAAGCUGGCCCCACCCCACAGAGCAGACUCCACACACAGGGGUAGUGAGGGGAAGAAAAGAACAGAAGUACUAAAAGAAAUAAAGAGUGAGUGUGUGUGUGCAUGUGAGAGAGAGAAACAGAAAAAGAGAGAGAGCAGAAAGAGAGAGAGAGAGAAGAUGGAGGGCUUGCUGUCUCUAACACAGCGAAGUCCUGGCUUGUGUGUGGCUGCCUCCUCUCUCAUGUUCAGGGUCGUCCACUGGCUCCUGCAGACCCUGCCUCGGCCGAAGGCUGUGGAGCUCGAUGCCUUCCGUGCUUGGAAGUGGAAGAACCUCUCUGUGUCUCUGGUGCACUCCUUACUAACCGGGUCGUGGGCCAUCACCUGUGUGCUCCUCUGGCCAGAGAUGCUGCACCAGAUCUACUCCACUUACACACCUGUAUCCUACCUGCUUAUCUGUGUCUCUACAGGGUACUUUGUACAGGAUGCCUGUGACAUCAUUUUCACUGGCCAUGCAAGAGGAUCAUGGGAGUUCUUGCUUCAUCAUGUUCUGGUCAUCUGGUGCUUCCUGUAUGCCAUAUGCACGACGCAUUACGUAGCGGGCGCAGUGAUCGCGCUGUUCGUGGAGGUGAACAGCGUCUUCCUGCACAUGCGACUGAUGCUGAAGAUAGCGGGAGCGCAGUCCUCGCCGCUCUACCACAUCAACAAGAUGCUCAACCUCUUCACCUACGUCACUUUCCGCCUCGGCGCCCAGUUCUACAUCACCUGGUACAUCCUGCACAACUACUCCUGGCUAGACCACGGCAGCUACUUCCUGACAACCAUGGUGCUCAUGAACAUCAUGAUGCUCAUUUACUUCUACCGCCUGCUUCGCGCCGACUUUUUCCCCAACCGCAAGGCUCACCCAAUCCAGAACGGUUCAACAAAGUUUCUCAGGGACUGAUGAGGGGGUGGGUACGGACCCCCCGACAUACCAGUUGAAACCUCGCUUGACGCACUUACUUUUCCGGUGCCUUUUCUAUCUGCGUCCAUUUGCUGGCUACAGAACAGGGUCUUGGUUGGAUCCUGAGUAGACUAACACAAAACAAACCCUCAGCUGUGCCUAAGGUCCCACAAGUAGAGCAACAAGUGCCUACAACUACAUCUAGUGGUAUGAAGAAGUAACUGCAGGUCAGUCAGAAUAUGGACAACAUCCCCCAUAACCCGAGAGAAGGCCCAUCACAAGAGGCAAUCAGAGUGAAAAUCCACUGAGUGGAACAGUCUAACCACUGACAGGAGGUCAACAGACUGAGGGUGGAGCUUGCCUACUAUGCAAGCACCUUCUGAAUGAAGUCUGCGAUGACUAACACAGGAUGAAACGAGCCCACCAUUUUGACGAGAAACGCAGAAUGGCCGUUCGAUUCUAAUACAGAAAAUCUAGCAAUAUUAAUGUUGGAAGGAACAUGAUGGACUGGCUUUAAUGAAUUACGUUUACUUAACCCUGCGAGACCCAGAUAUUGCUGUAACUGAAAUUUGUUUUUACUCUUAAAACCUUGUUGUAGGAGGCCUCUGAAGAAUAUGUUGAAAAUUGAGCAUUUUUAUGUUUUGGUUUAGAAAUGUUGAAAAUUUCUGAAUGUGUUGUAGAAAUUCAUUAUCCUCCAACUACUUAACACAAUAAUGACUCAAGCAUAAAGUACACUACAACUCAUGUAAAAUGGAGGGCUAAUGCUAUCACUCCUGUAUUUUGAAGGAGAGAAUGGGUGGUGGCGUGGGGUAAAGGUGUUGGGCAUCCUCCAACUACCCAACAUAAUAAAGACAAGCAAAACCA